GUUUCCCCAUAAAACAAGCCAUUCAAUUUCAACCCCCCAGGUUAGCAUUUCGUAUAGCGCUAGCGAAUGCAUCCAAGAAGGCAAGAGGCCCUAUAAUUCAUGUCAAAAAAUAAAAAUCACUGUCCUUUAGCACCCACACCAUGUGAACCCACCACCAUGUUAGUACAACUUCUGCAUUUCCUGCCUCCUGCAUCUAUAAAAUGACCCAUAAACGUACAAGCUGUUCUUCACAGGUCCUCUAAUCUCCCUGCUUUUUUCCAAAUGGGUUUCACUUUCGGGGUUCAUUCUCUGCUUCAACUCUCUCUUUUCUUACUAGCCCUGCUUGUGACUCUUCACCAAGCAAGAGCAGCCAAGUUUUUCAAUGCGAGUAGCUCGUUGAGAGGGAGAAAGCAAGCAAGUGAGUGUAACUUGUUCAUUGGAAGUUGGGUGAUUGACCAUUCGUAUCCUCUCUAUGAUUCUUCAAGCUGCCAUUUCAUAGAUGAUGAGUUUGAUUGCCAGAAGUACGGGAGACCUGACAAUCAGUAUCUCAAAUAUUCCUGGAAGCCUGAUUCAUGUGCCAUGCCCAGGUUUGAUGGGAAGGAUUUCCUGAGCAGAUGGAGUGGGAAGAAGAUAAUGUUUGUAGGUGACUCCCUAAGCCUGAACAUGUGGGAAUCAAUGGCCUGUAUGAUUCACGCGUCGGUGCCCAAUGUCAAGACCAGCAUUUUGAGGAAAGAGUCACUAUCUACUGUUAUCUUCCAGGACUAUGGAGUAACUUUACACCUAUACCGUACACCAUAUUUGGUGGACAUAGUUCGAGAAGAUGUGGGGCGAGUACUUGACUUGAACUCCAUAGAGGCUGGAAACGCAUGGAAAGACAUGGACAUGCUGAUCUUCAACUCCUGGCAUUGGUGGAGCCACAAAGGACAAUCUCAAGGAUGGGAUUACAUAAGAGAUGGUCCCAGACUGGUCCAGGAUAUGGAUCGGUUUGAAGCAUUUAAUAUGGGGCUGACUACCUGGGCAAAUUGGGUUGAUCUGAAUGUUGAUCCUAGCAAGACCAAAGUCUUCUUUCAAGGAAUCUCCCCUACACAUUAUCAAGGCAAGGAGUGGAAUCAACCAAAGAGAAGCUGUAGUGGAGAACUAGAACCAUUAUCUGGUUCAUCCUAUCCUGCAGGUCUGCCUCCAUCAGCUACUGUAGUGAACAGUGUGUUGAAGAAGAUGAAGUAUCCUGUUUAUCUACUUGACAUAACACUUCUCUCACAACUUAGAAAAGAUGCACACCCUUCUCUCUAUAGUGGGGACCACACAGGCAAUGACUGUAGCCAUUGGUGUCUACCUGGACUACCUGAUACUUGGAAUCAGCUCCUCUAUGCAGCUCUCACUAUGUGAGGUGAGAGGUUCAUCAUCAAUGUGAUUCUUUCUUCAUCAUCGUCCCUGGGUUCUAUAUGUGUUCACUUACUCAGUGAUUUUGUGUGAAAGAUAGAGACGUCUCUUCAUUAUUUGGUUGGUAGAUAUGGGUGAAAUACAUUUUAGUUAUAGGCUUCUUGAACCAGAACAAUUGAUGGUUCAGAAAGAAAGCAAAAACCAAAAUAAGCUCUUCGUGAAGAUCAAGCUAUUCUCCAAAGGAGAAUGAACUAAAGUAAUCUCUAUUGAAUCACAAAAUGAUAUUCAGCUUCAUAUUAUUCUAUGGCAGUUCAUAUGCAGUGUUGCAAUUUGUAACAGUUCAGUGUAGUGAAAUAUAUAAAGGAUGAAAUAAUUUCAAAGACGUUUAGUGCC